AGCCACAGCCGCGAACCAUUCUUCCCCAUCUUUUUUCUUCUCCAAUUUUUUCAUUUUCUUCCUUCUUCUUUCCUCCCCCUUCUUCGUCACAGUGGCCGCCCGCCCACAGUCGCCGCCGCCGCAGCCAUAUCACGUUCUUCUUCUUCUUCUUCUCCCAUUUUUUUUUCUUUCUUUCCUUCUCCUUUCCUCCUUCCUGAUUGAAACUCGAAUAUUUAACCUGAAGGAAAUUUACGUUCUGGUUUAACGAGGGCCCUUGAAUUGCGUUAGGAAGGGCUGUAAUUGCAGGCGAAGAUGGACGAUUACACGAGAGAAAUGAUGGAUUUGAAAACCCUUGUCACUCGCACUCUCGAAAAGAAAGGCGUGCUUGCCAAGAUUCGUGCUGAACUGAGGGCUAGUGUGUUCGAAGCAAUAGAAGAGGAGGAUAGAGCGAUUGAGAAAGAUGAAGGACUGCCUCCUGCGCUUUUGGGUUGCUGCAAUGAUCGUGCGAAGCAGCUUCACAACUCUUCUUCAGGAAGACUUCUGACUGCAUUGGUGUGCGAAUAUCUGGAUUGGGCUCAGCUGAAUCACACGUUGAAAGUUUACUUACCAGAGUGUAAUUUGCAUAAGGAUUCCUGGAAAUCUGAGUUGAAAGAAUUUAGCAGCAAGAAUGGGUAUGAUCUUAAUCAGAAUGGAGACAGUGGUCCUUUGCUCCUGGAUGUUCUUGAGGGGUUCUUGAAAUAUGAGAAUCUUUCUCAAGGAAGGGGCAGUAAUAGGCGAUAUACUACUGCCGAUGCUGAAUCUUUGUCUAACUUGGAUGCUCGAAACGCCAGGAGGGCACCGCCAUCUGUUGCUGGAGGCUUGCCUCCAUUAGGAAGGCCUAUUCCAAUCUUAUCUGAUCGUCGAGUUGGGUCCUCGGCCUCUGGCUAUAGGAGAGAGGAAUACAAUUGGAGAUACGAUAAUGAUGAGCUUCCAGAAGAUGUGCUCCGUGCUACAACUGCAUUGGAAAAUUUGCAGUUGGAUAGGAAAGCUCGUAACCUAACCACUUCCUGGAGGCAUGGCGGGGAUGGACUGCCGGAAGAUUCCAGCUAAGUAGACGGUGAGAGAACAUGUAAAUGUAAUACAUUCUUACCGGCCUCUUUAAUUUUUACUGAUCCAACAAUGUCGAUAGGAUUAUAUCAUUAUGUGAGAUUGACUAUGCUGUUGCUUGUUUAUUUGCCAUUUAGUAGUUAUAAUUCCUUAAGUAAGCUAGCUAGCUUUCUUUUUGCUUGAUUUAUUCUUCGACUUCAUUCUCGGUCGUUGGAAAAUGUUGCAGAACUGGUUUUUGUGUAGGGUUUUGAAAGUGUAUUUACACAGCUGGCCAUUGUUUCA